AUGGCCACAUUAUUGAAAAGGUCUGCAAGUCCAUCGAUGUUGCAAAACAAUGCAAGAAAGAAACCAAACCUUAGCAACUCCUCUGUAGUUCCCUGUAGUCAGCAGUUCUGCAAAUGCAACCAAAUUUCCAAUUUGUUAGUUUCAAACGUAGGGCAGGAUUAUGUGUUGCAUUUAAAUGAAGUUGAGAUUCUGAAUUUCUACAUCAAGUACAAUCUGGACGAAUUUGUUCCAAUAUACUGCUUCUUGAACAUAGUUUCGGAGUUCAUAAGGAUUCAGGUGUCUAAGAAUGAGCUUGACUUUGGCACCUUGCUAAGCAUUUUACACCCAAAUCUCACUUCUAAUCAGCAGUUUAUAGGAUUGUUGCAGAAGUACGAUAUCUUCUCAAAACUAGAAAGGGAAGUAGUAGAAUCUCCUCUACAGUAUAACGGAAAUUACAGUACUAGUAGUAGUCGCACAAAAAGUAGUACAGAUAUCGUGCUAGCAUUGAAAUCAAUCCACUGGUUCGCCGUAGCCUCGCCAGGGGCUUUGUUCCAGUCUCCGAAGCUUUUAACUAAGCUAACUGAGUUUAUCAAUGUAUUUAUAGACGAGAUUAAUGAAGUGACAUUGCAAAGUAUUCAGAUUCUCUGUGAGCUAUCGAGGAGAAGUCCACAAUUAACACCAGUAAUAACCGAAUCCUCGCACAACCAAGAUCUACUAGACAUACUCACCAAAAACAUUGCAAUGAGCUCAAACGCUAAGAACGACUUUUUCUACGGAAAUGUGUACCUAUUCAAGCAAUGCAUGCAACAUAAGUCACACCAAGUCAGGGCGGCUGAGUUUGGUUAUAUAGAGUUGUUACUAACGAUCUACGAGUACAAGUGGGACACUGAUUUUUUCGAAAUAAUAAGCCUGGUACUAAGUAAGCCAAUCUACUGCAGUAAGGAGAACAGUGAUCCUACUACUACUAAUAAUAAUAAUAAAAAUAAUAAUAGUAAUAACAAUAAUGAUAGUGACCCCGCUGUCAGUGCCAGUGAGAUCAUACUAAGAAAUGAACCGUUUCUUCACCAGUCAUGGAAAAUUAGUGCAAAUAAUAAGUUAAAUUUCAUCUCGGUGCUAAAAAAUAUAAAGUUUCGUACUAGUAAAGAGGAAAUUUUCAUAGAAGGCUUAAUAGGAACAAUAGAGGUGUAG